AAAAGUCUAAUUCGAUCUCAUUCUGGAGCUGAUGCAGGUUUCAGCAAGGAACAGCUCAAAGUCCAGAUGGACAACUUUGGCAACCUCAGAGCAAUCGGCGAGCGGCCACUAGACGCCGCCGGCCGCCGGUGGAGCCGUUUCCAAACAGAGCAUUCGAUCCCCAAUAGCUGCGACGUUAGAGGCGUCAGAGCACGAUUUGAUAACAACAUCCUCUACAUAACCUUUCCAAAAUUAAUCACUGAAGAACCAAAGCCAACAGUACCACCAACACCAACGCCAAAAUCCCUGCCGGAACCCUUGCCGGAGCCGGAGAAGAAGCUGCCGGUGCCAGAGCAGAAGCAGGAGCCAGAAACACAGAAGAAGGAAGAGGAAGAGCUGAAGGAAAAGGAAAAGGAAGAAACAGAGACGAAGAGUGUUGGCCAUGAAGAGAAGGAGAAGGAAGCUGAUGAGGCGGCGGAGCCAGCACCGGCGCCGGAGAAGAUAAAAGUUGGGUUUUUGAAGGGGAUAAGGAGGCCGAGCCAGGUGGUGGUUAAUGUGUUUGUGGCGGUGACGGUGCUUGUGGUGAUUGGGAUAUAUGUGAGCAAUAAGUUGAGCAGGGGAGGAUGGGGGGAGUGGGGGAAGAGCAGAAUAGUUCAAUAUUGGAGGGGUGAUUUGUGAAAUAUUUAUUAUAAACUAAGGUUGGGAGUGUAAUUUUUAUGAAAUUAUUGAUUGUGAGAGAAAAAUAUUUAUGGAGAGGAAAGGGUUUAUGAUAUCAUGGGGGCUAAUAAAUAUGUAUAUAAUCUAUGUAUUUUCUUCAUGUAAUAUGUAAUUGUGACUCUGGUUGUAUUUUUA